AUGGCGCCAGUCCCGGACGUCCAAUUAAUCGAGUUCAAAACAUUGGACGGCUUGACACUAAGAGGAUCAUACUAUGCCACUCUGCAGAGAGCACCAGCGGUCAUUAUGACACCUGGCUUCAAUUGGCCCCGCGAGUUCCUCAUCACCGAUGUAGCUCUCCAAUUCCAGCUCGCCGGCAUCAACGCGCUUGUCUUCGACCCACGCUGCAUAGGAGCCAGCGACGGCCUCCCUCGAAACGACAACGACCCCUGGGCGCAGAUCGGCGACUACCACGACGCCGUGACCUGGAUCAAGGCUCAGCCGACCGUCGACCCGACCGCCAUCGGCCUGUGGGGGUACAGCAUGUCCGGGAUACUCGCCAUCUCCGCCGCGGCCGUCGACGUGCGGCGCGUCAAGUUCGCCAUCGCCAUGUGCCCGGCCUGCAUCUUCAACAUGCCGUCGCUGCGCACCGUCCUGGCCAAGGCCAUGCAAGACCGCGAGUCCCGGCUGCGCGGCAACGAGCCUUAUUACGUCAGCACGCUCGACCGCCACGGCUUCACGCCUGGCGGGCUCAAGACCAACUGGGACACGAGGGACAUUGAGCGACUGGAGAAGAUGAUCGAGGAGGGCAAGGCGAUGGGGGUCAGCAGCACGGCCACCAUACAGUCGUAUGCCCGAGUGCCGUUUUUUGAACCGCGUGGUGCGUUUCAUUUGCUCGAGGGGAGGCCGGUGUUGGUCAUAUCGGGUGCGCAGGACUCCAUCUCGCCGCUGGAGGUGCAGAAGGAGUGGUUGUUGAGUCGGCUGCCUGAGCCAAAGGAGCAUCAUGUGGAGCCAAAUGGGGGCCACUUGGAUAUGCUAAGCGGUGAAAUCUUUCCCAAGAUUAUGGAGGCGCAGCUCGAGUUUCUGCGAGAUCAACUGGGGGCCGAUAUAUGA